GUUGCUCCUAUUACUUAACAAAGUGAAGCAUUGUAUAUAAGUUGUUUAAGGUUCACUCUCAUUUUGCCUCAUCCUCACAACAUUGUCAAGAGAAGAAGAAUCAUGUCAGGAUCAGAGGAAGUUUGGUCAUCAUCCAUUGAAGAAGAAUCUGGUCAAUCUCUCCCUCCAUUUGAUAACAGCAGUGGCUACAAUUCAAGAACAGGCAUUUAUCACUCUCUAGUUAGCCUUGGCACCAAGCAUGAAAUCCCAACAAAUCCUAACCUCAACACUGCCAAUCUUGUGCUAUCACACUUCCCACAUGCAGACCUUGCUGAUGCAAGAAUUGCAUUCAUUGACUCAGCUACUGAUCAGAGAGUAAGCUACGGCGAGCUUCGCCGCUCUAUUUAUUCCCUUGCAUCAGCUUUGUUCCAUGGACUUGAGGUUAAGAAAGGGGAUGUAGUGUUUGUUUUGUCCCCAAACUCAAUCUUGUAUUCAACCAUAUGUUUAGCAGUGUUAUCAGUUGGAGCAAUUCUCACCACUGCCAACCCCCUCAACACUGAGUCAGAAAUUGCCAAGCAAGUGCAUGAUUCAGGUGCUAAACUAGCCAUCUCAGCACCAGAAGAGCUUCACAAAUUAGUCCGAAGCGGGGUACCGACAAUUAUCACCUCUCGUCCAUCUGAUAAGAACAUGUUAUCAGUUGAAGAGUUAAUAGAAGGUUGCUAUGAUUCACCUGAGUUGUUUCCGCAUGUUCUUGUGGCACAAUCAGACACUGCUGCUAUACUUUACUCUUCCGGGACAACCGGUGUAAGCAAAGGUGUGGUUUUGACUCAUGCAAAUCUCAUUUCCAUAAUGAAACUACUCUCAUGGUCUGCUGAUGUAUCUGCAUCACAAGAUGAUGUUUUCUUGGCCUUCAUUCCAAUGUUCCACAUCUAUGGACUAGUAUUCUUUGGAUUGGGAUUGUUGUCUGUUGGUGUUACAACAAUUCUGAUGCAGAAAUUUGACUUCCAAGCUAUGAUCAUUGCAAUCCAGAAGUACAAAGUUAAUAACUUACCAGCAGUGCCACCAGUGAUCCAUGGACUAGUGAAAUCUGCAAGCAAAAUUGGGUGUGCCUUGUCAAGUUUGAGAAGGGUGGGUUCAGGGGCUGCACCUCUGAGUAAGGAAAUGGCACAGGAGUUCAGAAAGGUGUUUCCUUGGAUGGAGCUAAGGCAAGGUUAUGGGCUAACAGAAAGUUGUGGUGCAACAUCAUUUUUUGUAUCAGACAAAGAUGCUAAAGCUCAUUUAGGAUCAUGUGGGAAGCUGAUUCCAACUUUUUGUGCAAAAGUUGUGGACACUGAAACAGGAAAGCCUUUGCCUCCUCUUAAGGAAGGAGAGUUAUGGCUGAAAAGUCCUACUAUCAUGAAAGGGUAUCUAGGAAAUGUGGAGGCGACAACUGCAACAGUUGAUUCAGAAGGUUGGUUGAGGAGUGGUGAUCUUGGUUAUAUUGAUGAGAAUGGAUUUGUUCAUGUGGUUGAACGAAUCAAGGAGCUAAUCAAACACAAAGGGUAUCAGGUGGCUCCAGCAGAACUUGAAUCUUUGCUGCUAAGUCAUCCACUUAUUGUUGAUGCAGCAGUUAUACCGGUUGAAGAUGAAGAAACUGGACAGAUACCAAUGGCAUAUGUGGUGAAAGCAGCUGGUUCUGAACUCUCAGAAGACCAAGUCAUUCAAUUUGUUGCUGGCCAGGUUGCUCCAUAUAAGAAAGUGAGAAGGGUGAGUUUCAUUGACACUAUUCCAAGGUCAACUGCUGGAAAGAUAUUGCGCAAGAAUCUUGUUUCUCAAAACAAAAAUCAACUUGUCUCCAAGUUAUGAUAAACCUUGGUUCAAGUGUUAGUUCACCUGAAUGUUUUCCUGUGUCUCUAGUCAAUGAAGAGUCGUUCAUAAGUGAAAAGAAAAAAGAGGCCUCCUACUUCAGUUGGAACUAGGAAAAUGGCCUUCUAUUUUAGUGCUUCUUUUUCCACUUUUCUUUUUGUGCCCAUCAACUGUCAUGAAAAUUGGUUACAGCUCCUGUGGAAUGUGAACGCAUAGCUGAAGUUGCUAGUUCUAGA